AUCAUGUUGAAGUCAUGCAGCUUCAAUGAUUUGUCUAGACACACGCGCUUCGCUCGAGUUUGAACACCUGGAGUUCGGACAUUACGGAGUAGACUGCCCGCCGAUACUAGUCUUGAAAGGUUGAAAGGAAGGGCAACUUUCCAGUUCAGGGUUCAGGACGGUCAGCGAUGAUUGACUCGCAGGGAAGCGGCGGCGGUGCUCAGGCCGCUGCGCCGUCCGCCACCGAUGCCGUCAAGGCGACAGCUUCUCUGUUGCAGGUAAAAGACGAGGAUCUCAAAAAAAAGAUGAAAGACCUCCUUCAGAGCCCGGAGAGGAAGUAUCGCAUCGGGUUCAUCCAUCCGGAUCUGGGGAUCGGUGGUGCCGAACGACUGGUCGUUGAUGCCGCUCUGGGUCUGCAACGCCUAGGUCAUGAAGUGACAAUCUAUACGUCCUACCAUGACCAGAAUCACUGUUUCGAACCGACGAAAGAUGGCAUGCUCGACGUUCGCGUCGUCAAGACCUUCAUCCCAAGAUCCAUCUUCAACAUCUUCCACCUUCCUCUCGCCAUUGCACAGUCCCUCUCGCUUACAUUUCAACUGCUGUUCGCAUUUCUUGCAUUCCACUACCCUUCCACCAUCCCUUCCUUCCUCUACCCACUCUUCUCCUCGGUCAAACCGACGCCGGCGUUCGACAUGAUCUUCAUGGACCAGGUGCCCGCCGGGGUACCUUGGCUCAAGCAUGCUGCAGGCAUUCGCGUCAUCUACUAUUGUCACUACCCUGACAAGGAGAUUGGGAACAGCAUCGCUCUCCAACGCGCGAGGGAUCGAGGGCAGAGUGGCCCGUCGAUCAUCCGAAAAGCGUACCGUCUGCCGUUUGACCUCUACGAAGAAGGCUGCACGGACGCCGCAGACAAGAUCCUGGUCAAUUCGCAAUUCACGCAGAGGCAGUUCGUUCGGUCAUUCUAUCGCUUGCGAAGAGAGCCGCGCGUCCUCUACCCAGGCAUCGAUGUCUAUGCGUACGACGCCAAGGCUGUAGAGAAAGGUGUUGCGGCGCUUGGAAUCAGCACAUCAGAACAGAAGCUCAUUCGCAAUCUGCUGACUGACGCCUCGACCUCAAGACCGACGUUCAUUUCCAUCAACAGGUUUGAAGCCAAAAAGAAUGUAGCGCUCGCGCUCGAGUCCUUUGCCUUGGCACUAAAGGAAGUGGGCGAAAAGCAUGGUGACAAAUGUGCGCAAGAGAUGCGACUCAUCCUUGCAGGCGGAUACGAUUACCGUGUGCGAGAUAAUGUCUUGACACUGGAUGAGCUGCAAAAGCAGUGCAAGAAAUUUGGGCUCUCAAGCGCUACGCUGCGCUUCAGCUUGCAAAAAGGGGAACCCGCUUCUAAUGCCAGCACUGCAACGGCUAAUGACCUCGCCAAAGCGCAAAUCGUCUUCUUGCCUUCCUUGCCAGGCGCCCUGCUGCAUGCCUUACUCCUCAACAUAUGCGUUAAAGCGCUGCUCUACACUCCGACGGACGAGCAUUUCGGCAUUGUGCCGCUGGAAGCCAUGGCCUGCGGUUUGCCUGUACUUGCGACCAACACUGGCGGGCCCGUUGAGAGCGUAGUGGACAUUGGCUCGGACUUUGGCGCGCCGGUGGAGAGCGGCACAGGGAUGCUGCGACAAGCGAACAAGAUGGUAUGGGCCAGUGCAAUCGUCGCGCUGUACGAGCUGCGCGAUGAAGUGAGGCGCCAGAUCGAGCAAAACGCCAAAAGGCGCGUGCGCAUACUAUUCUCGCUCGAGCGCAUGACGCUUAGCCUCGACGGCGUGCUGCGCGAAGUGGAGAAAAUGGGCAACGUAAAAGGCGAAGAGGGCUUCUUCCAGUGGGCUUCAUCCUUCGGACUUUACGUUGUCAUGAUGGCAGCAUUCCUCUACCUCGCGCACAUCAACGGCCGGCUCAUCCCAUUCCAUGCGCUCGACGACCGUGGGGGAAAGUAGCAGGUCUUUCCUAUUCGUGCAAGAAUGUAGGAUAGGCGAGUCGAAGUCCAUAGCGUAAUGCGGCAUUACAUCCAACAGUAAUGCAGAAGGUACAAUUACACGCCAAGGGUGGCGGCGGGAGGCAAAGAAAGCGUGAGUCAAAAGUAAAGGCGCAUCGCUUGCCCGACAGUCGACUCGAUCGGACAGUAC